CAAGAUUUAGUUAAAGGAUUUGAAAGUGUGUAAGAAAUUGAAUUGUAUGAAGAUGGAAUCCUCAAAAAUGUUGGUUGUAUUCACCCUCAUGGUUCUCAUCGCAGUCUCCUCCGAUCUAGUCUCCGGUAAUUUUGCAUCCGGGGAGGCUUCGAGUCAACUGUGCUUCAAUCCUUGCACUCCUCAACUUGGCAAUAACGAGUGCAAUACGAUUUGUAUGAACAAGAAAUACAAAGAAGGUUCUUGUGUUGGUUUUGGAAUUCCCCCUACUUCCAAAUAUUGUUGCUGUAAAACUUAAAUAGUUAUUAAUUAGAGUUUGAACGAUAAUAAUAUUGAUAUG